GCUUGCUUCCCCACGACUACACCUCCUUCCCCCUCCUCCCCCUCCUCCGAAUCAGUGGAUGUGGUGGUCAUUCCUCUGAUCCUUUCUUCAAUACUCAAGUGCGGAGCUUGCUUCUAUAUGGUGCGGCUCCGGCCAACCCUCCUUCAAGAUGCAGUCCUCCCCAAACAUGCUCACCAAGUUUGAGUCCAAAUCUUCCCGCGCUAAAGGAAUUGCCUUUCACCCCAAGCGGCCAUGGAUCUUAGUCUCCCUUCACUCCUCCACCAUCCAGCUAUGGGACUACCGCAUGGGAACACUGAUCGAUCGCUUUGAAGAGCACGAUGGUCCCGUUCGUGGCAUUGACUUUCAUCCUACACAGCCUAUGUUUGUUUCCGGAGGUGAUGACUACAAGAUCAAGGUCUGGAACUACCAGACCCGCCGGUGCAUGUUCACCCUCAAUGGCCACUUGGAUUACGUGCGGACGGUCUUCUUCCACCAUGAAUUGCCCUGGAUUCUCUCUGCCUCCGACGAUCAGACGAUCAGAAUCUGGAACUGGCAGAACCGGUCCCUGAUCUGCACCAUGACCGGCCACAACCACUACGUUAUGUGCGCACAAUUCCACCCCACCGAGGACCUGAUCGCAUCUGCCUCGUUGGAUCAGUCGGUCCGCAUCUGGGAUAUCUCCGGCUUGCGCAAGAAGCACUCCGCCCCGACGACAAUCUCCUUCGAAGAUCAGAUGGCCCGAGCCAACCCCAGUCAGGCAGAUAUGUUUGGCAACACAGACGCAGUGGUGAAAUUUGUCCUCGAGGGUCACGAUCGCGGAGUCAAUUGGGUCUCCUUCCACCCAACCCUUCCCUUGAUCGUCUCCGCCGGCGAUGAUCGUCUCAUCAAGCUGUGGAGGAUGAGUGACACGAAAGCUUGGGAGGUCGACACCUGCCGCGGGCAUUUCCAGAACGCUUCUGCCUGUUUGUUCCACCCUCACCAGGACCUGAUCCUUUCCGUCGGCGAAGACAAGACUAUCAGAUGUUGGGAUUUGAACAAGAGGACGUCCGUGCAAUCGUUCAAGCGUGACUUGGACCGCUUCUGGGUCAUUGCUGCCCACCCCGAGAUUAACCUGUUUGCUGCCGGCCAUGAUACCGGUGUCAUGGUCUUCAAGCUGGAGAGAGAGCGACCUGCAUCAGCGGUGUACCAGAACCAACUCUUCUACAUCACCAAGGAGAAGCAUGUGAAGUCUUAUGACUUCGGUAAGAAUGCUGAAUCGCCUCCCAUGCUCUCAUUGCGCAAACUUGGAUCACCCUGGGUGCCCCCUCGUACUCUCUCAUACAAUCCUGCCGAACGUGCCAUCCUGGUUACGUCCCCGACCGAUGGUGGCGUAUACGAACUGAUCCACCUCCCGCGGGAUGCGACGGGAGCUGUGGAGCCUACCGAUGUGAAGCGUGGUCAGGGGUCGUCCGCGGUCUUCGUUGCGCGCAAUCGCUUCGCCGUCUUCAGCCAAGGCAACCAGCAGGUCGACAUCAAAGACCUCAGCAAUGCGACAACCAAGUCGAUCAAGCCUCCGGCUGGUACCACGGAUAUCUACUUCGGUGGAACGGGCUGUCUCCUCUUCAUUACUCCUACCUCGGUCGUUCUCUUCGACAUUCAACAGAAGAAGCAAUUGGCGGAGCUCGCUGUUAGCGGCGUCAAGUACGUUGUCUGGUCCAACGAUGGUCUCUACGCCGCUUUGCUCAGCAAACACAACGUUACCAUUGUGACCAAGACUCUGGAGCAGGUGAGCAGUUUGCAUGAGACGAUUCGUAUCAAGAGUGCAGCCUGGGAUGACGCUGGCGUCCUUCUCUACUCUACCCUGAACCACGUCAAAUAUUCUCUUCUGAAUGGUGAUAACGGUAUCAUCCGCACUCUCGACCAAACCGUCUACCUCGUCAAGGUCAAGGGCAGGAGCGUCUACUGCCUAGAUCGUAGUGCUAAGCCCCGUGUUCUGGAUAUCGACCCUACUGAAUACCGAUUCAAGCUUGCGCUUGUGAAGAGGAAUUAUGAUGAGAUGCUGCAGAUCAUCAAGACUUCCAGCUUGGUGGGCCAGAGCAUCAUCUCGUACCUGCAGAAGAAGGGCUAUCCCGAGAUUGCGCUGCAGUUCGUGCAGGACCCCCAGACCCGCUUCGAGCUUGCUCUCGAGUGCGGCAACCUUGAGGUGGCUAUUGAGAUGGCUCGGGAGCUGGAUCGGCCAAACUUGUGGAACAGACUUGGGGCGGAAGCCCUCGCUCAUGGUAACCACCAGACCGUCGAGAUGGCUUACCAGAAGCAGAGAAACUUCGAUAAGCUGUCCUUCUUGUACCUGUCGACCGGUGAUCAGGAGAAGUUGUCUCGCAUGGCUAAGAUCGCUGAGCACCGAGGUGACUUCACGUCGCGCUUCCAGAACGCGAUCUACCGUGGUGAUGUGGAAGACAGAAUCCAGAUGUUCAAGGAAGUCGACCUUUAUCCCCUCGCCUACCUCACUGCCAAGUCCCACGGGCUGACCGACGAGGCCGAAUCGAUCCUCGAAGCCUGCGGCCUCACGGAGGACCAGAUCACUCUUCCCACGAUUGACGAACCCCUGCGGGUGCCCCAGCCUAUUGUCCCUACCUUCAAGGCCAACUGGCCCGUCAAGGCCGCUGCCCAUUCUUCUUUCGAAAAGGCUCUGCUCGGAGAGGUUGGUGCGGGCGAUGAUGAGCCGGCUGCGAUUGAGUUCGAGCCCGAGGAAGAGGACGAGGCUGUUGCCGGACGCGAUACUUUCGAGGAUGAGGAGGAGGAUGUUGCGGGAUGGGACAUGGGAGACGAGAUCAACGUUGAAGAGGAUGCAGAGUUCGUUAAUGUCGAGAGUGCGGAGGCUGGCGCCGGUAGCACGGAAGCCGACCUUUGGGCUCGCAACUCGCCUCUGGCAGCAGAUCACGUUGCCGCCGGCUCCUUCGAGACGGCCAUGCAGCUUCUGAACCGGCAAGUUGGUGCCGUCAAUUUCGCCCCUCUCAAGCCGCGAUUCUUGGAGAUCUACAAGGGCUCUAAGACUUACCUCCCGGCAAGUGCUAGUCUCCCCCCAUUGGUGAACUAUGUGCGCCGCACCGUUGAAGAGACGGACAGCCGCAAGGUCUUGCCUGUCAUCCCCAGAGACCUGGAAACGAUCGCCAAUGUUGACCUCCAAGAGGGUUAUGCCGCUAUGAGAGCGAACAAGCUGGAGGAAGGUGUUCAGAUCUUUAAGGGUAUCCUGCACUCAAUCCUGCUUAACACUGUCUCAUCCGAGGCCGAAGUCGAGCAAGCGAAGAAAAUCAUCGCCACCGCGCGGGAGUACAUCCUCGCCAUGUCGAUUGAGUUGGAACGUCGUUCUCUGUCCACCGAUACGCCAGAGGGUCUCAAGAGAAGUCUUGAGCUCUCGGCUUACUUCACUAUUCCCAAGUUGGAAGUGGCCCACCGCCAGCUAGCGCUGAUGGCAGCCAUGAAGUUCGCCUUUGCCAACAAGAACUACUCUUCCGCCCUCAGCUUCGCCAACCGCAUGCUGGCCAACGGUGGCUCGCCCAAGCUUCUGGAGCAGGCUCGUAAGAUCAAGCUGCAGAGCGAGCGCAGUCCGCAAGACAAGGUCGACAUCGAGUUCGACCAGUUCGCCGAGUUCGAUAUCUGCGCUGCAUCGUACACUCCCAUCUACGGCGGCUCGCCGAGUGUGUCGGACCCCUUCACGGGUGCCAAGUACCACGAACAGUACAAGGGCACGGUGUGUCGGGUUUCGGAGGUGACGGAGAUCGGAGCCCCCGCCAGCGGACUCCGGUUGUUUGUUCCCGGCCAGUAUUGAGGAUGAUGAUGACGAGCUCUUCUUUUUUUUUAUACUGUAAUUCCCCGUCUCUUGAUGUGCAGAUUUGAUAGAAAAACAUUUUUUCUUCUUACUGGUACGGCCGGAGGUAAAGACCAACCCUUUGGUGAAUUGGUUGGUGCUUGCCACACUCGAUGUAUGGAUGGAACCCUGUUCUGUUUCUCAUAAGUUUGUCCAGCGACGUUAGGUUUUAUCGCCAUACUUUUCUUUUCUGAGUUAUAUGUU